ACCAUCCAAUGAUAUUAAAGUCGCUGAGAGCAGUGAUACACAGAGACAGAGAAGAAUGGCAUCUGGUGGAAUCUACAAGAACUGUGAAGAACCGGAGCCCAGAGAGAACUUGAUGGGCAUGGCACCAAAGAGAGCAGGUGGUUUCCUGCUGCAACACUGCAGGUGUGGUUCAGAUGCAAGAUCCAUACCAGUCCUCUUCAUUGUGAAUGCUGUGAUGUUUGUGCUGUGGAUCAUAGUCUUCUCCAUUGUGAUGUCAAAAUAUUCUGAGAUGGCCAAGGAACUAGAAGAGCUGCGUGGCAAUCAAAAUGGUCUAAAAGUCAAUGGCUCCAACACGAUGGGUCAGCUAGAAAAGCUUCAUGCCAGUCAGUCCACCUAUGAAACAGUGAUGAACAACAGUCUGAAGUCCUUGAAGGAAGAACAAACAGAGAUUAAAGCAGAAAUGACCAAACGUCUGAAUGGGGCAGAAGAUGAGAGAAAAAGCAUUCAGAAAGAGACCUUCAAGCUACAGAAAGCACUGCAAAAGAUAAAUGACUCAAACUGUCAAGUCUGUCCAGGAGGCUGGUUGCUGAACAAUGGACAAUGCUACAUGUUUCAAAAACAGUCAGUUGCCUGGUCUCAUGCCAUGAACUGGUGUAAGGAUCGUGGUAGCCAGUUGGUUGUUAUCAAUGACGAUAUGGAACAGGCGUUUCUUAGAUCACAGACAAAUCAGUUGAGUUUCUGGAUUGGGCUAAGUGACAUGAAGGCAGAAAACACAUUUGUCUGGGUAGACGGAAGUUCUUUAACAUACAAGAAAUGGGCUCCACAAGAACCCAACGAUGCUGGCCAUGGGGAAGACUGUGUUGUGAUAGCAGGUCGAGGGUGGAAUGAUCGUGAGUGUGGAGGCACCUCAGAUGGCUGGAUCUGUGAAAAGCCAUGGAACUGCUAACUGUGUUGGCAAAAGCAGAACUCAAAACAUUAAAGUCUUGUUCUUUGUGUG